AUGCUAACAUUCAGAGAUGUGGCCAUAGAAUUCUCUAUGGAAGAGUGGGCACGCCUGGAUCCUGCUCAAUGGAAUUUGUAUAGGGAUGUGAUGUUAGAGAACUACAGAAACCUGGUCUCCCUGGGUCUUGCUGCCUCUAAGCCGGACCUGAUCACCUUUCUGGAGCAAAGGAAAGAGCCCUGGAACGUGAAGAGACAUGAGAUAGUAGCUAAACACUCAGGUUAUGAUGGACAUAAAAUAUGUACGACAACUACCUAUCAUACAAAUAUCAAUGAUAGAAAAAGUCAGAAAUGUAAAACGUUUUGGAAGAAAUCUCCAUUUAUUUCAGCUAAUCUUGCUGAACUGCAUGGUUCUAAAAAUAAGUAUCAACAUCAACUUUUAGAACAUAAAUAUCAUCUGAAAGGAAAUUUGGAAAAUUUAAACAGUGACAUAGACCAUGUUGAAAAUGGUCAUUGGGAUCAAUUAAAAUGUAGAAUUGAGUUAAAUGGUCAGUCAAAUAUUUCUGAAGAUCUGAGACUUCAAAAUGAAGGGAAGAUUUCUAUAUAUGAUCAAUUUGAUGGGUCAUUUUUUAAAAGUUUAUUAUAUUUACACCCAAAACAUGCAAAAAUUUAUGAUUUUGAUCAGUAUGGGACAAUCUUUAAUUCAUCAUUGCUUAAGCAAUAUCAGGGAAUAGAUAAUUGGAGAAGACAUUCCACCUAUGACAAAUCUUUAAUGUCCUUUCACCAAGGCUCUGCCAUAAAUGAUUACCAGGAUAUUUAUGUUGAAGACAAAAACUUUCAAUGCCAUAAAUCUGAGAAAACCUCUAUCCAAGGCUCUUGCCCUAGGAAAUGGCAGAAAUCUCAUUUUUCAGAGAACCAUUGCAAAGGUACAAAAUGUGAGAUAAUCUUUCAUCAACACUCUCAGCUUAUUUUCCCUCAGUGUAUUCAAAUUCAAGAGAAGUCUUAUGAAUGUAACAAAGGCUCAGAAGCUUUUUCUCAGUCAUCAAAUCAUAAUCAACAUCAAGAAAUCAAUUUUGGAGUAAACUUACACACAUACAAUAAAUGUGAGAAAGACUUUAGUCAGUCAUCAAAUUUAAAAAAGCAUGAGAUAAUCCAUAGUAAAGAGAAACUCUACAAAUAGAAACCCUACAAAUGUAGUGAAUGUGGUAAGGCCUUUAACCAUAGUUCACAUCUUACUGAACAUCACAGAAUUCAUACUGGCGAGAAACCUUACACAUGUAAAGCAUGCAGUAAAUCUUACACCCAUUCUUCAACUCUUAUUCAGCAUCAGAGAAUUCACACUGGAGAGAAACCUUAUAAAUGUAAUGAAUGUGGCAAAGCCUUUAAUCAUAGUUCAAAUCUUACUCAACAUCAGAGAAUUCAUACUGGAGAGAAACCGUACAAAUGUAAAGAAUGUGGCAAAGCUUUUAACCGUAGUUCAGAUCUUACCGAGCACCAGAUAAUUCAUACUGGAGAAAAACCCUACAAAUGUAAAACAUGCGAUAAAUCUUUUACUCGUUAUUCAAGUCUUAGUCAUCAUCAGAAAAUUCAUACUGGAGAGAAACCCUACAUAUGUAAAGAAUGUGGCAAAGCCUUCAUCUACUGUUCAAAUCUUACAGAACACCAGCGGAUUCAUACUGGAGAAAAACCCUACAAAUGUAAAGCUUGCAGUAAAUCUUACACUCAUUAUUCAAGUCUUAUUCAGCAUCAAAGAAUUCAUACUGGAGAGAAACCUUACAAAUGUGAAGAAUGUGGCAAAUCGUUUUACCUUAGUUCGAUUCUUAGUCGUCAUAGAAGAAUUCAUAGUAGAAAAGUGAUAGGUAUGAAAAACAAGGAAAGCAUUUUGUCAAAAAUAUGAAACUUAGAAAUCACAAGAAAGAUAUUAGAGAAAGAAAGUAUGGAUAUAAUAAGUAAGGGAAGCAGUUAAUUAAAACUCAUCUAAUUGUAUGAAGGGAUUCACAAAAAACAAAACAAAACAAAAACCUAAAGCAGACACUUAGGCUUCACACCAAACCAGAGUAUUUAUUACAGAGAAUAAUCCAAAGUAAAAGCAAUCAUGUAAUUGAUUAAUGUGUUUG